GCCGAUACAAAGGCCUGACCCAGAAGAAAUUCUGCGUCACCUGUACCAUCAAGAUCAAGAUCAAGAUCAACUGUGGGCUGCCGUUGCAAAGGCGAAAGCUCCGCACCUACACCUACUGUUUUGAGGCACUAGAGGCUGUGACACAUCCUGCACGGCCCCAACAAACCCCCCCUAAAAGAAGAAUCUAUGAACUGUUGGACAACUAGGAACAGUUCGUGGGCCCUAACAACAACAACAACAACAAGGAUUGCUAUGAUUGGAUGAAGAGAACGCUUUUAUAUUUUCUUUCAGAAGUUGAUUUUCGAGCAUUACCUACGGCCAUCCACUAGCGGACUUCCUGGGUAGCUCCCAAAACCCUGACUUGGCUUUCAAGAGACUCAAGCACACCAGGGUCUUCCAGAUGACAGACUAGUCUCCUCAAUGUAACACAAAAAAACCUACUUGCUACUAACACCUUGAGGGCACUAAAGACUGUGAUACCAUAGCAUGGGUGGCCCUAUCAGAUCUUCAACAACAGCAAUAAAUUGUGGUUCAAAAUCAUUCAUAGUGUUUAGGGCCUGUGUCUUUCACCUAAUCCAAACUAUCCUUGGUGCUGAAGAGUCUUAGAGGUGAUAGAAUACUUCAUGCUGCAGUGCCCAUACCUUCAAUCCUAUUGUGUCAUGUGAUGCACUCAACUGCUUAUGCAGGAAGUCCCACCUCCAAUCUACCUAUUCAGCUGUCAGUAGCAGGCAUCCACUUCUCACAACAAUUUGUUGUCAUCCACUUCACUCAUCCCUUCCUUAAGAAGACAGAACAGCUAUCCCACUUGUGAUAACCUCACAGGAUAUUAUCAGGGUACAUGAGAUCCUAGAGAUCUUCAAGCCCUGAAUAACAACUGAUAACCUCAGGUGUCAAUCCAGCACAGCGACAGUGGUCAUUCACCUCAACUGUGUCUUCUUGAAAACACAGCAGUACAUCAUUAGGAUCAAGGAUCAUUGGACAAUCACAACCCUAACAAGAUAAACAUGUCUCUGUUAGGACUACAGAAUCAGUGCAAAGAGAAGAUACAGUUAACAAAACUUCAGAGAUUAAAAAAAGAGGAGGAAGUACUCAAAAAAGUUUUAAAGAAAUAUCAAGAUGGUCUACAUGCUCUUCAGAUAGAGGAACUGACCAUCAAGUAUGAGCUGGGCAAAAGGAGAACCCAUGACAAUGACACACUAAACAACAGUGUACCUCAAAGCAUUGCUGAUUUCAAAACCUUCAUCUCUGUGGACCCAAGCCAUUUAAAUGAAGUACCAGAUGGAGAUGGACAGUGUGUCAGCCAGAAAUCCCUGAAUCAGGAUGUCACUCCUUUAAAGAAAUUAUCUGCAAAGACCUGGAGUGGAGGCCAUGAUGUGUCUACACAUGAGUGACAAAAUGUGACUGUGACUGACUGACAAUUGUUUGUAUAGAGCACAAUCUUCUUGUGAUGAUCCUUAACAAUUCUAUUUACCACUUAUAUAACAUGUUAUUAGAAAUUUGAAGAUAUCAUCUCAUUUAAAAGUCUUUGUUCUACAAAAUGAGAUAGCAUAUUUUAGUAAUUAUUGUUAAGUUACUGCAAAUUGUUGCAAUAAACUAAAUGGGUUACAAACAAUUCAAACAUUAUUAUUUUCACAUUAACUCAUCAUAUUUCUGUUUAUUAUCUACUUGAAAUUAUUUUAAUAUGAUGUUUAGAUUCAGCAACCAUUCCUGAAUGUAACAAUAUGAAAUGAAAUGUAUCAAAUAAA